ACCCUCAUCGCCCCUUCACCCUCUCCAGCCCAGAGUCCUAGGUCCUACACAGGGUGUUCCUCUAGUGCUGACUGUGGACAGGGGAGAUGCUGUGUUAUUUAAAAUGAUUGUGUUUGCAGAUGGCUCAUCAGCUGAUAUCCGUGGUUGUGAUCUGUACACUGUUCACCCUCAUCGCCGCUUCACCCUCUCCAGCCCAGAGUCCUAGGUCCUACACAGGGUGCUCCUCUAGCACUGACUGUGGACAGGGGAGAUGCUGUGUUAUUUAAAAUGAUUGUGUUUGCAGAUGGCUCAUCAGCUGAUAUCCGUGGUUGUGAUCUGUACACUGUUCACCCUCAUCGCCGCUUCACCCUCUCCAGCCCAGAGUCCUAGGUCCUACACAGGGUGUUCCUCUAGUGCUGACUGUGGACAGGGGAGAUGCUGUGUUAUUUAAAAUGAUUGUGUUUGCAGAUGGCUCAUCAGCUGAUAUCCGUGGUUGUGAUCUGUACACUGAUCACCCUCAUCGCCGCUUCACCCUCUCCAGCCCAGAGUCCUAGGUCCUACACAGGGUGUUCCUCUAGCGCUGACUGUGGACAGGGGAGAUGCUGUGUUAUUGUUGGAGGACGAUACCCCACGACGGCGUGUAUGCAGCGGCCCCAGGCAGGUCAGCAGUGCCGCCCCUCUAGCAGCAGACCUACCAGCACUACGCUACAGUUCCCUGGGGGUGCGAGUGUCUUCGUCACUGAUGUCUAUAAGAAUCUCUGUCCUUGUGAGAGCCCUGCCAUGUGUUCUUCUAGCGGAACAUGCACCCGAUAAUGUGUUACCGAUAAUUAAAUUAUUAUUGUUACCUUACAAUAUCCGUUUGGUGUUGGUAG